AAAACAAAAAUAGAAUCAUAUGGAAACCACAUUCAAACAAAAAAUACUCAAAUCCACAUUCAAACUUCUUCCGGUCUUUAACUAUGGAAACCUCUGAUUCCGAGUCACAUACCUCCACCGUCACGGACGGCGGAGAGAGAAAUAUCACCGAUGACUUGAUCACCGAUGAAAUUAAAUCCUUACAUGAACUCGCUCUCCGGGGAUCAUGGAAAACAAUCCUUGAAAAAGUAUCGGCGGCGCGAUCGUUCUCUCAGCUGCGCUACCCUCACGAACACCUCGUCUACCUCGCCUUCAACGCCGUCGCACUAUCGAAGCUCCGCCGAUACUCUGACGCCCUAGAAGACAUCGAAUCCUCCCUCGAAGACCUCCACAGUUCAUCCUACCGCUACGAAUCAUAUCCUAAUGUUUACCCUAAUCGAAUCGGCUCUAUGAUCCCUUUCACUCUCCGAUGGCUUCAAGCUCUCCUCCCGUCUUUCCUCGGCCGUAGGAACGAUUCCCUAGACCGUCUGUAUCUUCUGCUACACUUCAUCCGAUCUCGUAUUGACGAGGCCUCCAAUGCCGAGGUUUGGCGGAGGAGAGAGAGUUUCGUUUUGUCGACAAUUAUCAGCCAGCAUUCGAAUCAGAAGGAGUUCGGUGUUUGUUAUUCUUUAGUCAAAGAGAUGAUAAAAAAAGAUGUCAAUAAUUUGUCGCUGAUAUCGAAAUUAGGUUAUGUGCAGCUGCAAUUCGGCGAUUUGGACGGUGCGAAAGUGUCGUUUCAGAAGGUUGACAAUUUGAUGAGAGAUAAAGGGGAAGACGGGAGCGCUGAGAAUCAGAAUAUGGUGGGAAGAAAUAAAGCGUUGAUUUAUAUGGUAGCAAAAGAUUAUGUUUCCGCGGUGAGGGAGUAUGAUGUAUGUAUUGAUAGGGAUGGUUCAGAUGUUGUUGCAAUUAAUAAUAAGGCGUUGUGUUUGAUGUAUUUGAGGGAUUUAUCUGAUUCAAUUAAGGUUUUGGAGAAUUCACUUGAGAGGGUUCCUUCUGUGGCGCUUAAUGAAACUCUUAUUGUUAAUCUUUGCUCCAUGUAUGAGUUAGCUUAUGUUAAUCACACUGAUAUUAAGAAGACGUUAAGUAAUUGGAUUACUCGGCUCGCCCCUGAUGAUUUUGAUCCGUCUUGUACUCGGAUUUGAGAAAGCUAAAAUCAUCAUCUUACAGAAGCGCCUGUGUCUUGAUCAGGUUUGAUCAUCAAGAAGUGGCAGCCAUUGAUACAGAUCUCUCUUUUUGGCCAAGAGCUCUUUUGGAUGCGUUUCAUAAGUUGUAUACCAAGUACAAAACUCCCCUUCUGAUGGUCUCCUGUUUACAUUUGCUCCCGAUACAAUAUUGCUUUUGUCGAGUUUGGGUAGUAUAUACUCUGUAUGUAACAAGCAUUAAAGGGUCUCGAAAAAAAAUAAGAUGUACAGGGUUCUGUGGUUUCCAUGUGACCCCUCCACAAAAGCAAGUCAUGCUGUGAUCAAUUUUGUUCAAUGUACCUUUUGAAGAAACUUAGAAGAUGGGAACGGUUUGAUGUACAGGCUUAGUGCUGCAUCUUGUUAUUUGAUAAUUGGAGUUCUAUUUAUGUAGACUUUGUAGCCUAUUAAUCUUUAUUUUUUAUUUUUGUUUUUCUGAAAAAUUAUGUUUUGGUGUACUGUUUGUUUAGGGACUUUGAGCUGUUGGUUUUGUUGUAUACAAGUACAUAUAUACGUUUGAGUUACUCCGUAUAUACUUCCUAAUGUAUUAAAUUUGCGAAAUAUUGUAUGACUGUA